AUGUCCGCUAACCCUAUGCGCACAUUGUCACGGCGGACCACCAAGGUCUCCAUAGAGACAAACCGGAAGUUACCUUCGGGAAAAACUGAAGGCCCGGAGCGCCCGAGCCGCGAAUUGACACGCCUGUCACACCUGGAUCUAACCGUACCCGCCCGCCGAAAAGAUGGAUCCCGGCGCCAGCGACGCGAUAUAAACCGGGCACCGACACGUGAGAAACCAGAAGGGGAUUCCAUUUUUGAUAGCGACGAUGAGGAAACAAUAAUUAAAUCGGAGGAAGAAUGGCUUGAAAACCGAUACUCCAACAGGGGAAAAAAGGUCUACAAAUACUUGUGCAAGAAGUUGAGGCGCCUUCCCGUUACUUCCAUUAUAAAGCAGCUUGGAGGGACAAAUGUAUCCAUUGCCAAUUUGAAUCUGAAUGCCAGAGAUCUGAAGCCCUUCUUUGUUGCCUUAUUCGAGCUGUAUGCCAAUGAUGAUACUUCUAAAAAGCCGAAAACUCUGGAAAAACUGUGUUUGGAUGGAAACAGAAUCAUAACAAGGCAGAUCCACUACGUCAUAGAUAUCGCGCAAGCGCACAAGCCACUAACAGACCUGUCGCUGGUAGGAUGCUCUCUCUGUCCCGGGUGUAUGGACGUACUGGCUGAGUAUUUGGUCGGGAAUACCAGCAUACUCAGACUCAACGUCAGCGAUAACAACCUUACCGACAAUGUAACCAAAAGUAUAGCCAAGCUUAUAGAGCAAAAUGCGUCCAUACAAGAGCUUGUGUUACGAGGGAACAAGUUGGAGCAAAGUGGUUCCAGAUUUGGAGAAGCACUUGCUGAGAAUUCUACACUAAAGACGCUGGACCUGAGCUGGAACCACAUCCGGGGCAAGGGUGCAAUAGGACUGUGUAAAGGUCUCGCGAAAAACGAGACUCUAGAAACACUGCUGUUGGCAUGGAACGGUUUUGGUUACGAUGGUUGUAGCGCCAUGGCGGAUGCCUUGUCACAGAACACCACCUUGCGGACACUUGAUCUGACGAACAACCGGAUACAGUCGCCAACCCUCGUUCAACUACUUCCUGGCCUCCAGAGAAAUAAAACACUGGCGGUGCUAAAGCUUUCUCAUAACCCAAUCACGGCCAACAUGACGAGUGUCUUGAUAGCGAAAAUUUAUGACUCCAAGGAAAGCAACUUAAAAGAACUAGAUUUACAGGGUAUUGUUGUCGACAAAGAGUUCGAUGGGAUCCUUCAAUCCCUGCAGAAAGAGCGUCUGUUCUUAUGUGCGUACGACCAGUCCCUACCUCUUAACAAGGGACCAAUCCCCAUAGACCCCAGGAACGUCUUCAACAUUGAUCCAGUCCGCAUCGUAUACUAUAUGAAGGAACAUCUACGGACAAUCGAUCUAUUGCUGAAAGUGGACGCAAACAGAGAUUUCCUUCUGACCAGAGAGGAAAUGAAAUAUGCGUUCGAGAGAGAAGGUUUCCCUAUCAGCGAGACUGCCAUGACCGACGUGAUGAACUACCUCGAUACAAACAAGGAGGUCGAAGUGGAUCUGCUGUAG